CGAGGCUGGUCGUUAUCGCGGGCCUUGAUUUAUGAAAAAAGAAAAUACAAAAAGUAUUACUUGUGACCUUAAUGUGAUUGUGAAAUUAGGAAUUUUACGUUGAGUGCGUCCAAUUGCGCGUUCGUUUACAUAAUAAGUAAUUGAUAUACAAAACGAUCUUCUUGCCAUUUGUGGUCAGUCUUUCGUUUAAGACGCACGCCUAUUAAACGGAGCGGCGGCGUUUCCAUUCAGUGUUUGGACUGUAUUGAGUGAGUUGUAAUGUGUUGAACAAUAAAAUGUCGACCGGAAUAUGGCCGUUGAUGCAUGUCCGGUGCCGUUGGAUCGAAACGUUAAGACACUGCGGGAAGACUCUGCUUAGACGUCAGAGGCGCUUACUCAGGAGACUCAAGAAGGCGUACCUGCACAGUUGGCGCUCUGCAGACGAGCUGAACAUGUUUGUGGGUGCGAAGGUCGGAGGUGCAACGCCCCUCGUGAUCGCCUGCAGGAACGGGCAUUAUGACGUCGCCGAAUACCUCAUAGAGAGAUGCAAGGCUGAUAUAGAACAGCCCGGAUCAGUGACGUUCGACGGUGAAACAAUCGAGGGUGCUCCUCCGCUGUGGUGCGCGGCCGCGGCCGGCCACCUGCCUCUGGUGAAACUCCUGGUUCGUGCCGGAGCCAACGUGAACUCAACAACGCGGACGCACAGCACCCCGCUCCGGGCGGCCUGCUUCGAUGGACACUACGAUAUCGUGAAGUUUCUCGUCGAAAAUGGGGCCGACAUAGAAAUAGCGAACCGUCACGGUCACACUUGCCUCAUGAUCGCCUGCUACAAGGGUCACAUCAGAAUCGCCAAGUACCUGUUGUCGCUCAGCGCUGAUGUCAACAGAAAGAGCGUUAAGGGCAACACCGCCCUGCACGAUUGCGCCGAAAGUGGCUCUCUUCAUAUACUCAAGAUGCUGCUGGGACACGGCGCGACGAUGGACGUCGAUUCAUACGGUAUGACUCCGCUGCUGGCAGCAUCGGUGACCGGCCACACGCACAUUGUUGAGCAUUUAAUUAACGUGGAAUACGGCCUGGUGACGAGGCAACAACGCAUCGACGCACUGGAACUGUUAGGCGCGACUUAUGUCGACAAGAGGAGGGAUAUGGUCGGCGCUUUGACGCUCUGGAAACGGGCCAUGGACGAUAGAUUCCCAGCGGACGGUGUCGAUUCCGAACCGAUCCCAAAGCCGAAGGACGUGCCGCGUAUAGAGGCGUACGACUUUGCGGUCGAGCCGAGCAACGCUCAGCAGCUCGAAGAAUUGCUGGCGGACCCGGACGCGAUGAGGAUGCAGGCUCUCGUCAUCAGAGAACGAAUUCUCGGGCCCGCGCACCCGGACACGUCGUACUACGUGCGGUACCGCGGCGCCGUGUACGCGGACGCGGGCCGCUUCGCGCGCUGCCGCCAGCUGUGGCACCACGCGCUCGACAUGCAGCGGGCCGUGCUGCCGCCGCUGUCGCCGCUCACGCAGUCCAGCCUCUACAGCUUCGCGGAGCUCUUCUCAUACAUGCUGGCUGAACGAGCCCGGCCUCCGCUCAGAGGUCGCAUCAUCCCUCCUGUAACAUUCGAGGACAUAGACCCGGUCUUCAGGAAGGCGCUGUCCGAAAUAAACAGGGGAAUGGAAUUGUUGGACUCGAAACUCAGCAUCGAUAGGGAACAGACGCUGACCACUCUUCAAAGGGUGCUGGUUAUAUGUUUGCACUUGGCCGCUCUGAUGGCGAGACUGCUGGAAGAACCAGAAUGCACCGACGAUGUGUCUAGGAAGAUACACAAAGCUGUUUAUUCACUCGUUAAAUUGGACAUUAAGGUCCGUCAGGGCAGGUCGGCGCUGCACGUGGCGUGCUCGGCGGAGUCGUGUCGCGGCGGGGCGGCGCGCGGCGGGGCGGGUGGCGCGGGGGCUGCGGGCGGUGCGGCGGCGGGGGAGAGCGCGGCGUGCUGCGGCGCGCUGGUGGCGCUCAUGCUGCGACUCGGCGCCGCGCCGGACGCCAGGGACGCUGACGGGAACACGCCUCUGCAUCUCGUCUGCAAGCUGAACCCUUGUCCUGCUGACGUGGUCCGCGAGCUCCUAAACCACGGCGCCCACAUCGACACGGUCAACUACGAAGGCGAAACUCCCGAAGAGAUCCUCAAAUCCACGCAGCAGACCCUCACCAGCAUCGUCAAUCCGCUCCGGUACACCACCCUCAAGUGUCUGGCCGCUAGAACCGUCAAGAACUACAGACUACCCUACAGGCAUGUCGUGCCCCAAUGCUUACAUUCGACGGUCAUAACGCAUUGAAUUCAAGCGAUAAUAGUCUUUAUUUCCCAGCAAAUGGGUAUGUGAUUCGUAUGAAGCAGUCUUUGAUACGCCAAAUGUGCAAUAGAUGUUUGAGUUACAGCACAAGUUAUAUACAGAAGGCCUGUCGCUGUUCAAAUUAGUAAUCUACGGUACCACAACGCUAGGGCUGCCAUCUACCGUAUUCUGUUUAAAUUGUGAUUAUUUGAAUUAAAAUUCUCACAAAAGGAAUAAUUUAUUUAGGAAAUAUUCGUCAGUUAUAAUGUAAACUGAAUAUAUUUUUUAGAAAAAAAAAUCGUCAACAUGAUAUCAGCCUUCUGUGUUUUUCCGUGACGUCGAGCUACCUACGAACAUAACGUAUUGAAUUCAAGCGAUAAUAGUCUUUACUUCCCAGUCAAUAGAUACGAGAUUCGUAUGAUGCUGAUAAAAUAACACAAAUGUCCAACAUCAAUGGGGACUGCUGAGUCCGCCGAAAAAGCAUAUACUUAAAUGUCACGAACGCCUUAAUGCAUUCACUUCAAGCGACAAUAGUCUUUAUGUCGCAGACAUAUAAUACAAACUACUAUCCAACCAUAAGCCCUUAUAAACUUUCGACGGUGUUAUCGCCUUCGAGCGAUAAUAAUCUUUAUAUUCAUUGAUUCUGGUGCGAUAAACCGAAUCUGCAAUAGAUAUGAUAACUAACCGCUAUCCGCACACCCCUAUAAGCCUAAAACUUUCGACGGUUAUGACACAAAUAGUUGAAGCGAAUAUAGUCUUUAUGUAACAGUUUUAGGGUGUGUGAUUCGCAUGGUGCAGUCCUUAGUACACCGAAUGUGCAAAUGAUAAGUGAUUGAAAGGGCGGUAUUAAAGGCAUCCCAAUUGGUUGAGUUUUUCAUUUUGUUUGAAUAAUAUAAUCGGCCAUUUUGCAUUUUUUUCU